AUGAAAGCCAAGCGCAAAUCCUCCAAGUCCGAUAUCGACAUCACUCCGAGCUGGAAAUCACUGUUCGGAUUCACCACCCGCAGACACCUGCCAACCCUCGUUCUUGGAUCUAUCUGCGCUCUUGUUGCUAGCUGUGUUACACCGGCACUGGCAAUCUUUCUUGGUAAUGUUUUUGACUCUUUCACGUCUUUUGGUGCUGGGCAGAUCGAUGCUGGAGGGCUUCGUGAGAAAGUCAUCCGGAAUUGUUUAGGAAUGAUUGGACUAGGAGCAGCUGGCUGGUUUCUGAACGGGGCAUACUUCGCCCUAUUUGUUGCGUUCGGAGAAAUGCAGGCUUCCGGAAUUCGCAGUCAAGUCUUCCUGGAACUGCUGAGGAGAGAUGUGGAGUGGUUCGAAGCCAGGGGUGAAGGUUCCGGGGCUUUCCUGUCUGGAAUUCAGGCACACAUCCAUGAUAUUCAGAUGGCUACAUCACAGCCGCUGGGACUUGUCCUGCAAUACUCUGGUCGCUCGAUGGCAUCACUCGCCCUGGGAUUCUACACAUCUUGGAGUCUGUCGCUAGUGACUCUUGCUGGGAUUCCCCUCUUCACCUCCAUCAUCGGGUUCCUUUCUUCAAAGAUGAAGUCCAGCAUCAUAGCGCAACAAGUCGACCUCACCAAUGCCUCCAAAAUCGCCAAUAAUGCAAUCACCAACAUUGACACGGUCAAAUGUCUCAAUGGACAGACCUUCGAGCAUCGGAACUUCUCUGAACGUAUUGAGCGAUCUGCAACACACUAUUUUCGACUGGCUCGAUUGAACUCUCUCCAGAUUGCUUUCAUCCGCUGGAUGAUUUUCGGUAUGUUUGUUCAAGGGUUCUGGUAUGGCAGCUCACUCGUGCGUACCGGUAAACUUCCAUCCGGAGAGGUGCUGAGGACUUUCUGGGCCUGCCUGACUGCAGCUCAAUCCCUGGAACAGGUGCUUCCCCAGAUGAUAGUGAUAGAAAAAGGAAAAGUUGCGAGCGUCGCCCUAAAAUCGAUAGAACGCAGCCCAGCAGAUGAAAAACCAGACAAUAUGUCAAAUGGAACGCAAUACCCGGAGCACUGUGAAGGUGACAUAGAGGUCAAAGACGUGUCUUUUGUGUACCCAAGCCAACCUGAACAAACUAUCCUCAAUUCAUCUAGCCUUUUCUUUCCUGCAGGGGAGACUACCUUUGUGAUAGGGAAAAGUGGAUCUGGAAAGAGUACACUCAGUCAGCUGUUGAUGCGGUUCUACUUACCAACGUCUGGCGAGAUUCUCAUUGACCGGAAACCAAUGAAGGAGCUGGACAUCAACUGGAUCCGAAACAAUAUCACCCUCCUGGGGCAAAAGAGUGUUCUUUUCAACGAGUCAGUACUCACCAACAUUGCUUUUGGUCGACAGAACCAUGAGAGUGUCGCGAUGAACGAUGCUAAAGAAUGCAUUGAGCUCGCCAUGCUUCAGAGAACUAUUGACGACCUCCCCAAAGGAAUUGACACAUGCAUCGGUCCGGGUGGAAGCUUCCUGAGCGGUGGUCAGAGACAAAGAGUUGCGAUCGCCAGAGCCAAACUGCGAGACACACCUAUCUUGAUUCUGGAUGAGCCCACCAGUGCUCUCGACCACACCAAUCGAGUCGCAGUGAUGAACGCAGUCCGCGAGUGGCGGAAGGGCAAGACUACCAUCAUCAUUACCCACGACAUGUCCCAAAUCAUGGAACGAGACUUCUUGUACAUCCUAGAACAAGGUUCGAUUGUGGAAUCAGGCUACAGGUAUGCAGUCGAAAACAGUCCAAGGGGCAAAAGGUACUUCCAUUCGGAAGUCGAUGAACUUCCAACCCAAAUGGAAAGGGAGACGGCAGACGGGAGGAACAGCGGGUGGGACAAUGUAUCGAGGGAUAGCUUGGAUACCCUGCGGCCUCCAAUGGCUGUGCGCAGAUCUCGUCGAGCCAGGACGUCCUGGGCUCAAGGUCACAUUCCAUCCAGUGUUCGCUUCAGCUCGUUAGGCAUAAGUCCAAACAGGUACUCGGCAUACGCAGCCCGCCCAGGAAAACCCACCAAGUUACCUAUUCAGGAUCCGUCCAGUCGUCUAUCAUUCUGGAAUGAAGGAUCCCGAAAAAUCCCACAAGAAGCUGUUGUUAGCUGUCCUGCAGAAGAAGUUGAAAUGAUUCAAAUCGAAGACCAGGGGUUUAAUUCAAAAUCACAGUCCAAUGGUCAAGUUUCAUAUGAGCAAAUGGAUUCAUCUGACGCCGAGGCCACUCGACGCCCACAUCAUCGGGCUUCAUUGAGAUUCAAAAGUCGUCGAACACCAAAGGAUAAAAUGACUCCGCUCUCUCAAAUCAUGGGGACCAUUUACCCAAAUCUAACGCCACGCCAUCGAGUUAUCCUUUUCCUUGGGUUUGGCUCGGCGGUGAUCCAUGCAAGCGCAACACCGAUGUUUUCAUACUGUCUAUCGCAGCUAUUCAGCACUUUCUAUGCUGGAACCAACAAUGCACACCUGACAAUGACAUGGUCACUUGCUGUACUAGGAGUGUCAUUCGGAGAUGGCCUUGCCUCCUUUUUCAUGCAUUAUUUUCUGGAGAUUUGCGGCGAGGCCUGGAUGGACACCUUUCGGAAGAAGGCUUUCGAGCAGAUCCUCGAUCAACCACGUGCUUGGUUUGAGAAGGAUGGCAACGGAUCACUGAGGCUCACAUCCUCCCUUGACCAGAAUGGAGAAGACAUGCGGAAUUUGCUUGGCCGCUUUGGUGGGUAUGUCGUUGUCGCAGCUUCAAUUACAGUGAUGUCAAUCAUCUGGAGCCUGGUUGUUUGCUGGAAGUUGACACUGGUUGCACUUGCCUGUGGACCGGUCGUUUACGCCAUAACUCGGGGCUUUGAGGGCACUAAUGGUUUAUGGGAAAGACGAUGCAAUGAUGCGAACAGCAUUGCCACUGAUGUGUUCACGGAGACUUUCUCGGAAAUCUGCACGGUGAGAACGCUGACUCUUGAAGGUCACUUCCAUCGCAAACAGGCCAAUGCUAUUGGACGGUGCUUGAUGCUGGGUCUAAAACGUGCUAUGUAUACGGGCAUGAUUUUCGGAAUGGUCGAGUCAACUGUCGUCUUUGCAAGUGCUCUGAUUUUCUAUUACGGAGCUGUGCUCGCAGCGUCAAACGAGUAUAACGUCGACGAUAUUAUGAUGGUGUUUUCGAUGCUUCUUUUCAGCAUCGGAUAUGCAGCGCAGAUACUUUCAUGGAUUCCACAGAUUAACACAGCCCGUGAGACAGCAGCUCAGCUCAUUCACCUCACUAAGCUUCCUCGAGCUGGAUCGCACGAGCACAUAGGCACUCUCACCGUUUCGAACGUUACCCCGAUUAAACUAAGCGACGUAAAUUUCCGAUAUCCCUCUCGGCCUACCACACUAGUGUUGAAGAAUGUCUCUAUCACUAUCCCCGGCAAUUCUUGUACAGCGCUUGUUGGACGAUCUGGAUCGGGAAAAUCCACCAUUGCCUCCCUACUCCUAUCGCUCUACGAAGCCCCAAUGUCUACCAACGGAAAGCCAACAGUGACACUCGGCGGCGAAGACAUCCUCCGCCUCCAUGUCACAACACUCCGCUCCCAGAUUUCAAUUGUCUCACAACAACCAACAAUCUUCCCAGGGACCAUCCACGAGAAUAUCAGCUACGGAACUGACAAACAAUCCUCCAUGGCCUCCUUCCACAGCGUCCGCAUAGCCGCUGAAGCAGCCGGAAUCGACGACUUCAUCUCAUCUCUCCCACAGGGCUACAACACCAUCAUCGGAGACGGAGGAGUCGGUCUGUCGGGUGGUCAAAAGCAGCGCGUGGUGAUCGCCCGCGCUCUGUUGCGUCAACCCCAAAUCUUGAUUCUUGACGAAGCCACUUCUAGUCUGGACCCUGCUGGUGCGGAGAUUGUGCGCCAGACUGUGCAGCAACUAGUCGCCGCGCGUCACGGACUUACUGUUAUCGUUAUCACACACGCUAAGGAAAUGAUAGAGAUUGCGGAUCGCGUUGUUGUUCUCGAUCAGGGGGUUGUUGUCGAGGAUGGGCCAUAUCGGGUUUUGUCCAAGAGGGUGGGAGGGAAACUGUUUGAUUUGCUCAGUGACCCGGAAGAAAGUGCAUGA